AUGCCUUAUUUUAUAAAACGACCCAAUAAUGUGACUUUCCAUAGAGGAGAAACUGCUGUGUUAGUGUGUGCUAUUGAAAAUCUGGGAACAAAAACGGUUAUAUGGAGAAGAGCGUCAGAUCCUAACCCGAUAAUCAUAGGUGACUUACAAUUCAUACCCGAUCCCAGAAUGGCUAUUCAAAAAUUACCAGAUAAAAAAGAAUGGAAUUUAUUAAUUAAAAAUGUCCAGCCUAAAGAUUCUGGUGUAUAUGAAUGUCAAGUCAGUGCCAGAAAAAAAUUAACCCGACUUAUUUUAUUACGUGUAAAUACAAUUUUUGUAUCUGGAACACAGUUUGUGGAGAAAGGUGAUCCAGUUCAUUUAGUAUGCAAUGCAUCAGGUGCCACACAGCCUCCAGAUAACUUAGACUGGUUUAAAGAUGGUAUCAAAUUAUCUCCGGAUGCGCAUCAAAAAAUAACUUUAAACAAAUAUAAGUUCUCAGCGACAAAAACCUUAGCUAGUGUCUUAGUGUUAAAACACAGUCAAAUGAGCGAUGCAGGAACUUACGUGUGUAGAAGUAGUGAAUUAGAUACCACAAGUGUUAAAGUUCAUAUCUUAAAUGGUAAGCAAAUUUAUCUUCGAAUCAGUUUUAUUUAUCUUCAUCUAUCGACAGGUUUUAUACAUGUAAUGUUAAAACUUUUAAUGCUGCCUAGUUUGCGAGCAUUGAUUAGAUUGUUUGUCUUGAAAGCACUCGUUCUAAUUUUGAUGUUUUAA